AUGAAUGAUUCACGAAGUACUACCGAAGAAGGAUCAAUAAAUGAUGAUGAGCAUAUCUAUGCAAAUGUUCAAGAAAUGGAAGAGGAAAGUCGACGACAAGGGAAGCCUCCCAUUCCGGGUUCCACCGAUGAAGCGAUUCGCGAUGUCGGAAGCGGGUGGUACGAAUAUCUCACAGACGCCGGAAGAUCUUAUUUUUACAAUCAUGAAACGGGUGAUUGCCACUGGAAACCACCACGCUUUUUGAAACCGCCUAUGGAAGUUAUCAGUAUGUUAAAUGGUUUGAGCAAUCAGCAUAAUAUCCCCUCGCAAAGUGAAGCGGAAUCGGGAGAUGAUGUUUCUGCGUCGUGCUCGGAAUCUCAUUCGACUAUAUCUGCUGUUUGUUUCGCAAAGCCGGAUGAUAGUAUCAGCGGUGAAAACAGUAAAUCAAGUGCUGUUUGGUCAACAUUAAGCGUACGUAAUAAAACCACGGAAAAACGAAUGUCGGUGCAGACAAUAGCUCAAGAACUUCAAGCUACUGGACACUUCCAUUCGCAUAAAUCAAAUGAGGAAAUUGGUACUGAUACAAGUUUUCAUUUAAUUCCUAAAACUGUUGGCAGUGAACCAUUUUCCAGCAAUUAUCCUAAUCGCUUACCUUCCAGAAACAUUACACAUAAAUCAAUCAAAUGUGGAACAUUGGAAAAGUGUAAAGUGGCAGAUGCAGGAGUAAGACUAAAAAAGAAAGAAUGGAUAACUUGUUAUCUUUUUCUUUCAUCUGCUCAUAUCAUAUUUUAUAAAGAUGAACGGAGUGCUGAGAAAUCAGGUCGUCAUUAUGAGGCACCGCUGGGAAUGUGCGAUCUUCGAGGAGCAACCUUAAAAUGGGCGGAUGAAAAAGAUAAACGUAGGAAACAUGUUUUUCAGCUGGAACUAACGGAUGGUACGAUUUAUUAUUUUAGUACAUCGAACACUCAGGAUGUGAAUGGAUGGUUCCAUGCAAUGCGCCAGGUUGUUUCAAAAUUGCCACGUCCUGAUGCGUAUCCAACACCUGUGUUGGAGAGAGGAUUAAUCACUGCUGGUUUAAUGCGAAAUCCAAGCAAUUUGUCAUAUUCCUCAAGAUCGCUUAGUAUUGGUCAAGCACGGCGCUCUUUUAAGAAAUCGAAAGUCUCGGGAGAAGGUUCAGAGAUUGCAGUAACGGGCGAUGAGAAAAAGCGUGCUGAUAUUGAAGAGGCAAGGCUGACGCGUGAGUCUAUUAUUGAGAAAUUAAAACGGUUUUUCCGAUCGAGACCAUCUAUAGAAAGCCUGAAAGAAAAGGGGAUAUACAAACCGGAACCCGUUUUUGGAAGUACGUUAGCCGCAAUUUGCCACCAUGAGCAGACGACAGUUCCACGUUUUAUCCAAUUGGUUACAGAAGUAAUCGAAUCAAAAGGUCUUGAUACAGACGGUCUUUAUCGAGUUAGUGGCAAUCUUUCAUCAAUUCAAAGAAUUCGGUGUCAAGUUGAUCAAGAGAAAUAUAUUGCUUUGCUAGCAGAAGAUGAUGUCCAUGUUUUAACAGGAGCUUUAAAACUGUUCUUUCGCGAAUUAUCUGAGCCAAUUUUCCCAUCUAAUCUGGCGAAGGAUUUCAUUUAUGCCAACCGGUUGCCUAAAGGGGAAGGAAAAUUAAAAGCAUUUGACGAUUUAUUAAAUAAACUACCACUGGUCAAUCGAGAAACGCUCAAAGUUUUAUUUGGGCAUCUGAUACGCGUUUCAAAUCAUGCAGAUAAGAAUCGGAUGGAAAUCCACAAUUUGGCAAUCAUGUUCGGUCCAUCUCUCUUCAGCAGUGGUACUAACGAGAUCAGUAGUGAUAGCAAAAAGGGAGGUAAUUCGAAAAAAGGGAAAGCUACUAAUAAGAAGUUGAAAGAAAAACCAACCGGUGUGCAAAGCAAUUCUCAUCUUGCCUACAGUAUGAUUAUGCAAGGACAAACAGUGGAAUAUCUUUUAAAGGAAUUCAAACGAUUUCCAUCAUUGCAGUCUCAGCAGCAAUCUUCUGUAUCUCGUAGGUAG